CUUUUCCUCUUUUUAUGGAUCUUUCAUAAUUUCGAAUUUUAAAAUCUUGCAUAUAUAUAUAUAAAGGUCUUUUGGUUGCCUGGACUUAUCUCCAACCCUUUUCUCUCCACUGCGCACGCCAGAUCUAGAAUUCUUCUUCCAAAACAAGAACAAGUGAACAGGAUGGGUCGUGGAGUUAGCAGCGGCGGCGGUCAGAGUUCUUUGGGCUACCUAUUUGGAAGCGGUGAGCCUGCCAACAAUAAUCCCCAAAAACCUGCCAAAAGCGAGGGAAACGCUGUGAGCAGCAACCCACCACCAGAGAACGGUCCAACUCCAGCUCCUCAAGCAGUUGCUGGCUGCUCUCCUCCUCAAGCAGUUGCUGGCAGCACUCCUGCAGGCAACCCAGGGAACGUGACCAACAACUACUUUCGCGCUGAUGGACAGAACUGUGGCAACUUCAUCACUGAUCGGCCGUCAACCAAGGUUCACUCUGCUCCUGGUGGCAGUUCAUCACUCAAUUACCUCUUUGGCAGUGGUGGGAACUGAACCUUUGAAGUCCUUAGCCGGCUAGCUGCUUUUUACUGAAGUAUUGCAGCAUGUAAGUUGUGGUUUAGAAAGUCUUUCGCCGUCGACAAAUUUGAUGAACUUAUUUGUCUAAUAACAUACAACGAUUUCCUUGUUAUGUAUUAUGAGAAAAAUCUUGUCUUGUCAACAGAUAGGCGAAAAAUGUUGUUCCUACAUCUCUUGUUUAAGAGGCGUUCAAUUUGGAGACAUUAUUAGAGGCGCUUCUUCUACUUA